AAUCACUACCGCUUUCCAGGUGUUGAAAUCAAGUCACGCUUGUUUAGAGAAUAUCCUCAUGGCAAAUUAGGUGCACAUAUCGUUGGUUAUAUUGGUCGAAUUAACGAUAAAGACUUGAGCAAUCUAGAAGCAACUGAAAGUUUAUCCAACUACAAAGGUUCUAUGGCAAUUGACCCGAAAACAGGUGAAAUUCUAACUUACGUAAGCCAGCCUAGUUAUGAUCCUAAUUUGUUCGUUGAUGGUAUAGAUGUAGAUAAUUGGAAAGCACUCAAUGAAUCACUUGAUAAACCCCUUUAUAACCGCCCUAUUCAAGGGGUAUAUCCGCCAGGCUCAACAUUUAAGCCUUUUGUAGCACUAGCUGGCUUAGAAAACGGCUUACGAGCACCCCCCUACGCUAUACAUGAUAUUGGUUACUUUAGUUUAGCCAAUAGCGCUCACCGCUACCGAGACUGGAAACCUGGUGGGCAUGAUAUCGUGGAUAUGAAGAAAGCCAUUACUAUAUCCUGUGAUACAUUCUUUUAUGGUCUCGCAUUAGAAUUGGGCAUUGAAAGACUGAGUGAUUUUGUGAGCCACUUUGGCUUUGGUAGUAAAACUGGUAUUGAUAUUCAGGGUGAAAAUAGCGGGUUACUUCCUACACCAGAAUGGAAAUCACGCCGUCAUAAAAAAGCUUGGUAUUUAGGUGAUACUGUUAUCACUGGUAUUGGGCAGGGUUACACCUUAACAACACCGCUUCAACUUGCACAUGCCACAGCCACAUUGGCCAAUAAUGGCGUAGCCAUCAAACCACACUUUGUAACAAAAAUGCAGAAUACCUUAACAGGUGCAAAUGAAGCUAUAGUGCAACAGGUUCAAGACAGCAUACCAUUAUCUCCUGAAAGCCUAGAAAUUGUGAAACAAGGCAUGCUCGCGGUGACUCUUCCAGGCGGCACAGCCUCUAAUGUUGGAGCCAAUGCUGGUUAUACCAUAGCAGCAAAAACUGGAACGGCUCAGGUCAUUGGCAUCAAGCAAAAUGCAAAGUACAAUGCCAGCGCCAUCAACGAGCGACAUCGAGAUCACGCCUUGUUUAUAGCCUAUGCCCCCGCAGAUGACCCGAAAAUCGCGCUUUCAGUUAUUGUAGAAAAUGGUGGGCAUGGUGGCUCUGCAGCUGGCCCCAUUGCGAGAAAAAUCAUGGAUUAUUAUUUACUA